AUGCCGUGGGAAUAUAAAAAUGUCUAUUUCGUGGACCCGGCCGAAACGAACGAAAAAUUAAUCGAAUUAAUUUGUGAGGGUGAAUAUGUGUUGUUACACGGUCCACGUACUUCCGGGAAAAUCCACUCCACGCGAACUUUACGAGCAAUGGAUCAACUGGAAGAAAAAGGAUACAUUUGCAUCUAUUAUUCUUUUAGCUAUUUAUCUGAAAAUGUUGAUGGAUUUUGGACAACUGUUGCCAGAGGUACCAGGAGGGAACUAGCUGAAAAAUAUAGGAUUAAACUCGGGGAAACUAAAUCUUAUAAAAAUCUCAUAAUAUAUCCUGAAAGAUUCAGAGCAUGA